AUGCCCACGUCCAACAGGAGAGCACCACGGGCUGAGCUUACGAGUGACCCGUCCAUUCAGGACGAGGAGCUGCUGAACCCAGCCCUUCUUCUGCUGGCGGAAGGAGCCAAGGACGGCAAUUACGCCGUUCGGCAGAUGGCAGCCAGGGCCUUGGGGAACGUGGCACAUGGUGCCCCUGCGCAGCUGAAACACCACCAGACCCUCAUACUGGACACCCUGGUCCAAGCCUCCUUCGUGCCAUCUUCAGAUGAGCUAAUGACAGAGGGCAUGAUAUCUCUGGCCAAGGUCCUCAGCCAGUUAGGGACUAGUACAGGGCCCGUCAUUUUGGCUGUGGGGACGCACGUCAGGGCCUUUUUCGACCACAAGGAUGGUGCCCUGCGCAAAGCCUCAUUUGCCCUGUUCGCCACCUUGGCAGGGUGCCUAAGAAAAAGAUGGCACACUUGGUAUAAAACCCAGGUGAGGCAGAGCUGGGCAGCGCUGCUGCUGCACCUGCAGGACCCCAACAAGGAGGUGGCCAAGGAGUGCAGAAGAGCUGUGGGCCUCUGCUGCCCUUACCUGGGGCUCAGCAGGGUGCAGGGAGUCCUGGCCUUUUAUGUGCAGGGGUCGGGAGAGGUGCGGGUCAACGCCCUGCUGCGAGACCUUUGCAGGCACUUGGUGAGUGAGUUUGUGAGCGGCAAGAGGUGA